CCAAUCCGGUGGCGAGCUGAAACCUCGCGAGACUUGGCCCCGCGGUGCCUCCAGUAUCGAUAUCUCGCGCUACCUGCGCGCUCCGUCUCAUUCCACCACGUCGCGUCUGCUCGACAGCUCCGCCGCAACACGGAAAUUAUACUUCUAACUGAAACAAAUCAAACAAGAGGAGAAGCUAAAGUUCGCAGCAGCAGCAGCCGGUCGAGCUAACAAAGAAAAUCCUUUCUCCUCAGAAACAAUCGCCCACUUCUGUCUUUAGUUAUGAGUCAUGUGGUCAUCGAUAAUCCACACGGUCUAGAUCAGCAGCUUGCUGCCCUAGACUUGAACUCUGCUGACGGACAGGGCGGAGGAACUGGCAGACGUUACAUUCCACCUCACCUGAGGAACAAAGAUGCUCCCAAAGCCCACAUUUCACCUGCAAUUUUCCAAGUUCCGUCUAAGCAGUGGCCGCAGCCCUGGCAGGCAGAGAGUCAGCACAGAAAUAACUGUACCUCAGGAUGGGAGGACUGUACCAUCGGUUACCCAAGACUGGCCUCUCAGGAGCUUGCCCUUUACCAUGCCUACAGUGGGGGGUGGCCAACCCAAUGUGAUUCGCCCGGAUGGGACGGUGGCCGCAACAACGGAUUUGUGAAUGGUUACCACGACAACCGCAGUAAUGGGGGAUACGGAGGGCGCGGACCACCUCGCAAUGAUAGAGGUGGGCGUGGCGCCUACCGUGGUAACAGGGGCGGAGGCUCGUUUACUCAACCAUUGCAGAGUGCAGCGUUCGGCAACUUUGACCAGAAAGACGGCAACUAUGGCGGAGCUCCCAGAGAUGCCUCCUACAACAGCUUCGGAGGGAGAACAGACCGGUCUAAGUCGACCUUCUUCAACGACCGCGGGACGAGCUCCAGAGGACGUUAUGAGCGUGGAGGCUAUUCAGGCGGUGGAAGCAACCGUUGGGGGGAGGACUCCAGGGAGGAAGACUGGUCCAAGCCCACCGCUCCCAACGAGCGUCUGGAAAAUGAGCUUUUCUCCAGUGGCAACACCGGAAUAAACUUUGAGAAGUACGAUGAUAUUCCCGUGGAGGCCACCGGCUCCAACUGCCCACCCCACAUCGAGAGUUUCCACGAUGUGGAGAUGGGGGAGAUCGUCAUGGGCAACAUCAACCUGACGAGCUACACUCGCCCCACCCCGGUGCAGAAGUACGCCAUCCCCAUCAUCAAGUCCAAGAGAGACCUGAUGGCCUGUGCCCAGACCGGCUCUGGUAAGACGGCUGCCUUCCUGCUGCCGGUGCUGAGUCAGAUCUAUACCGACGGCCCUGGAGAAGCUCUGCAGGCCAGCAAGAGCAACGGACAGGAGAACGGACGAUACGGCCGUCGUAAGCAGUACCCGCUGUCCCUCGUCCUGGCCCCUACCAGAGAACUGGCCCUGCAGAUCUAUGAUGAGGCGCGGAAGUUUGCGUAUCGCUCUCGUGUUCGCCCCUGUGUGGUUUACGGAGGAGCCGACAUCGGUCAGCAGAUCAGGGAGUUGGAGAGAGGCUGUCACCUGCUCGUGGCCACGCCCGGACGUCUGGUGGACAUGAUGGAGCGCGGCAAGAUCGGACUGGACUACUGCAACUACUUGAUCCUGGACGAGGCCGACCGCAUGUUGGACAUGGGCUUCGAGCCACAGAUCAGACGCAUCGUGGAGCAGGACACGAUGCCUCCCAAAGGCGUCCGUCAGACCAUGAUGUUCAGUGCCACCUUCCCCAAGGAGAUCCAGAUCCUGGCUCGGGACUUCCUGGAUGACUACAUUUUCCUGGCGGUGGGUCGCGUGGGUUCCACUUCAGAGAACAUCACCCAGAAGGUGGUGUGGGUAGAGGACACAGACAAGAGGUCGUUCCUCCUCGACCUGCUUAACGCCACAGUUAUUCCCAGUGAGGUUCAGGAAAGUGUGACAGAAGCUCCAGAGAAACCGGGUAAAGAAUCGUUGACUCUGGUGUUCGUGGAGACCAAGAAGGGAGCCGACGCCCUGGAGGACUUCCUGUACCGCGAGGGCUACGCCUGCACCAGCAUCCAUGGGGACCGAUCCCAGAGGGACCGAGAGGAGGCGCUGCACCAGUUCCGCUCGGGACGCUGCCCCAUCUUAGUGGCUACCGCCGUGGCUGCUCGAGGUCUGGACAUCAGCAACGUGAAGCACGUCAUUAACUUUGAUCUGCCCAGCGACAUCGAGGAGUACGUUCACCGUAUCGGCCGUACGGGACGUGUGGGAAACCUUGGUCUGGCCACGUCGUUCUUUAACGACAAAAACAGCAACAUAACCAAAGACUUGCUGGACAUCUUGGUGGAGGCCAAGCAGGAGGUUCCCUCCUGGCUGGAGAGUCUCGCCUACGAGCACCAGCACAAGAGCACCACCCGCGGCCGCUCCAAGAGGUUCUCCGGCGGGUUCGGAGCGAGGGAUUACCGUCAGACGCCCGGCGGCUCUGCCAACUUCGGCGGCGGCUCUGCCAACUUCGGCGGCGGCAGCCGCGGAGGACGGAGCACCGGAGGCCGUGGUUUCGGAGGAGGCGGCUUCGGUGGAGGCGGCAACAACUUCUACAGCAACGACGGCUACGGGGGCAACUACAACCACUCCGGCAGCGUGGACUGGUGGGGCAACUAGUUGACUAAGGAACCGGUUGCCAUGCCAACCCAGCCCAACGGAAACCACAUGUUAACUCAAGCCAGACCAUAAUAACAAACCCUCCCUGUGUAGCUUCACUGACACACAGUACAUUACCAACCUGGUUCUCUCACUAAGGAAAAGCGGCGCACGACGCGGAGGCGGAAGGCGUGUCACCAGCGUGCGACGCCCGCAGAGCAGAGACUCGAACCUCCGAGUGAGCACGACGCCGACGUGACGGUCCGACGCACAACCUCGGACUCUUCACUGUUCAAAAGUGUUUUUGUUCUUUUUGUGGGGGAAGAAAAGUCCCAGCGGACGAACCUGAGGAUCAUUUGUCUGUUAAUGUACUGUGCCUUUUGAAUUUAAACAGGAAAUCUGUGUUUUCAUUUCACCAGACGAAACAUGGCCAAGAGCUCCUAAAUUUGUUUUUACUGUUAUUUAGUUUGGUGAAAAAUAUUAGAAAGGUAAAAAAAAUAAGCUUGGACUUACUCAAACCUUGGCAAACCACUGGGGGCACUGUUGUUCCCGGGAUCAUGAUUCCAUUUGAACUUUCAAAAUUUAUGGCAGGAAACAUUGCGUCGUCGGCGUCUUCUUCUUCUCUCGUAGUCGAACAGCUGCUGGAAGCCGCUCGGUAACCACGGCGACGCAGCUGCGUUUUAAAUCCGAAGGGACAAAGUUACCUUUCUUUUCCUUUUCUGUUUUGUUUUGCUCACUCUAUCCUGGACAGGCUCCUCAACGGGACUGCAGACCCGGAGACACGAGCGCCGAGGGUUAGACCAGACCAGACUAGUCGAUGCUGGAAGUUGUUACUCCACGUUUCUUUUUCUUUUUCUCUUCAAUUGACUCGACAGUGUUACGGCAGCUAGCAAGCGACUGAGUGCUAGCGACGAUACGUGGGUGGUUUGUUUCUUUGUUUCUUUCUACUUGAGACAUUUUUGGUGCAGGCGUGUGCAAAAAUUAGAAAAACUUUGGAAACUUUGGUUUCUCUACAAAUGUAAUGUAUCAAAACAAAAAAAUGCCUGCCAUCUUGAAAGUGAAGUUCAAAAUGGCUGCAUAGCGGACCACAGCAUCGGGGGGAGGGGGGGCGUGGCGCGGUGUUAGUGUUCACCGACUCGACCGGCGACACGAGGCCCAGACGAUAUCUACGCUCGCAAGUGUUUUGUUUUUUGGUCAAGGAGGAGGAGUCGAGAACUGAGUCGCAGGCUUAACUUAAUUACAAACGUUUUCUCUUUUCAAGCUGCGUUGGAGGGAAGGGUCGUCUGUCGGACUGUCACUGGGGGUUAGGAACGAGGUGGAGUCGAGCAGCGCUCCGACCGCGGGGGGUUAGGGGGGCGGGGUUAUAGGCGUUGGGGUGCACCGCCGGCGGGAGUGCGUCCACUUCCUGUUUGGAACAUUAACGUGCUGUCAGGUCCUCUGGGAGUUCAUCUGCUCACGUUUAAAAAUAAAUGUGGCGUUUCCUCUGGGAGGAGCGGAGGAGGGUCGUCGUGCCUUGAAACCUUUUUAUUUUUAAGAGUUGAGCUACAAGCAGAUGCACUGACAGCGUGAGAACUUGAGAUCGAAUGGUGCUACUUGAUUUAAGUGUGUUCGGCCCAUCGAGUUUUACAGAAGUUCUUUUAUUGCACAUCUAGAGUUUUAUAUAGACGUCUCGACUACGUGUCCUUAAGCUUCCAGAUAUUGUGAGGAGUCGGUGGGAAACGCAGCUUGUUUACAAAGGGGGAAGGUUCUCAACGUUUAAACCAGGAUUUAUUUGGGACCAGGGGGAUUUAGCAGUUUGGGGGGAAUUUAGCCAUUUGCACAGAUUUCUAGAUUCUACUUUUGCUGCUAGUUUUGUGUAAUUUAUUAAGCAUUUUUGACAAAUAUUUAUUUUUGUAAGCCUCAAAGUGAUUCUUUGAAAGUUUCAGAAACUUGACCAAAAGACAGUACAAAAAAACACUGGCACUUGAAUGUUGAAUGUCGCCUGUAUGCGUGAAAUUUAUAUAACUCGGGGUAGUGUGAGCUUUUUAAUGUUUAAGAUACAUUGGACUCGGUAAAUAAUAUCCACAGCUGUUCUGGGGCCCGUCAGCGGGCCGCUCAUCUCAUAGCGUUAAUCCAAUUGACUCAAAAACAAAAUUUGAAAAUGGAAUUGAACAAACAUGCCAAGGUUUGGAAUAAAGCUGUCAAACGAGCAACAUGCAUUUCCUAAAGAAUAUCGGUGCAGAAGUGUUCAGAUUCUCCAAUUGUGUGCAUUAUUGAUUUUUUUACUCUAAUUUGACCUGAUGAUUCUUUUUCUCCAGUGAAUGUCUGGCACAUGGCAAUCCUUAACAAACAUGUGGUUUAUUCUCAUCGUUGUAUUUGUAACACGACGCCUCCGGAGUUCUUCUCGACCGUGGAGCUCGUCUGUGGAACCGGACGAACUCCACGUUCUCGGAGAACCUCGGGGCUCUUUAGACGUAGACUUUGCUUUCUGUAUUAGCUUCUAGGCUCCUGCACUGCAUGGGAAAUACUCAGCUGUGCACAUCUGUAUGAUUUUACCAAAAUAAAAUGUUUGAAUGCAAAAAGUAUCUGGAAUAAUCAGCAUGUUUCCUGGAGACUUGUUUACUGUAGAGGAGCGGCGGAGACUGUAGCAGCCUGAGGAGACCGGCGGCCGCAGGCCAAUUCACUUUGAUAUAGAACGGACGGCUCAAUUUGUUUAUGACAAAAAGAUAUAAAGUUUUCAUUUGUCAAUC